AUGAGGCUUACACAACGGGCUUGCAAGAAGGUCGACAUGCGACCCGACCGACGCGGGCGACCGCUCUACCAGCCGCUGCUGCGCUCGACCUUCGAUUUCGCCUUCUUCUUCCGCGGCAUGGCCGUGCUCUUCGACUCGGAGCACGUGCAGGUGCUGCUCAAGGCGUGCGAGUUCCUCUACCGCCACUUCGACCUCCUCCCCGACCACCAGGCGGACAAGAUGCGGACCACCAUGCUGCGCGGCUGUCUGACGCGCCUGCAGCUCCACUGGUCGGCCGAGGUGCGCUCCUUCUUCGCCCACCUCCUCGUGCUGCGCCUCGAGCAGCCGUGCGCCUGGGCCGUGCCCCGCCUGCCAUCCGAGCCGGCGCCCGCGCCGGUCGAGCCCGCCAUCGUGCGCCAGUUCGAGGCGGCGGCCGCACGCCUCGCCUCCCUAGCGGUGCAAGCGCUCCCCGCAGAGCGCGCGCAGGAGCGCCGUGAGCAGCGGGGCCGGCCAGAGCAACCGGACGAGGGGCGGCAGCUGCAGCAGCUGCAGCCAUACGCCGCGGCGGCGCUCGCCCUCUACGAGCAGCUCACUGCGGUGCGCCGCGACAUGCAGCGCGACCUCUCGCUGUGGUCGCGCGGCGCCUCGAGCGCCGCGCCGCCGUCGCUGCCGACGCUCAAGUGCGACACUUCGGUGCUCGACUUGGAGGAGGACCGCGUCAUAUGGGUACGAGAGUCCGAACUGGGCAAGGGUAUCGUCUUCGAUUGA